UGGAGACUGACUCACUGCUGCCCCUGCUGGACGUCAGAGGAACUGCAGGUUCAGUCUAACAGCAGCUCAUACUGAGGCUAUGACACUAAAGACAACAUAAACAUGAAGCUGCUCUGCUUCCCGACACACACACACACACACACACACACAGAGUUUCUGCAGAGGUGAUAAUAUUCAGUCAUGAAACUGGAGCUUCAGUUAAACUGAGGAACCUGAUUUCUCGUCUCUCUGCUGAUGGUUGAGGCGUCCAGUUUGACCUGCAGGACGGUUUUUGGUCGCUCCCGGUCACCAUGGCAACCAGCAGCUUGUAAAAACAGACGGCGAAUUGUUUCUUUUCAUCGGCCAGAAAAAAAUACAAGAAAAGAACAAGACGGAGGGUCUGUUUGUGAGGUGUGGGAAUCUGCUGACGAGUGUGUGUGUGUGUGUGUGUGUGUGUGUGUGUGGAUGGACAGAUGAAUGGACAGAAGUGUAAUUAAAUCGUCAUCCUUCAGCUCCGGCUGAAAGUCCGUCUCCUCCUCCGUCUCUCUGAGUGAUGUGCCGUCAGGAUCCCAUCGUUCCGGGCCUCCGAGCCAGCUGGACUUGGGCCCCGAGGCCCCGGGCCCCAGGCAGUGGUCCAGAAACACUGAAACAUGAUGGGAUACCCAGCAGGUGCUACCUGAGAGGCGAUGUCUGACAGCAGCAGAUCGAUGGAAGUGUUCGGGGACCGAGCAGCAAGAAGCAAACGCUAUGCCAUCAACCCUCUGGGACACAAGUGGACUCACCACAACGUCACGUACAGGAUCAUCCAGUUCCCCAACACCCUGAAUGUGGAGGACACCAGGAAGGCCAUCGGCAUCGCCUUCACAAAGUGGAGUGACGUGUCUCCGCUGACCUUCACCGAGGUUACUGACGGCAACGCUACUGCUGACAUCACCAUCGGUUUCUACACCUUCAACCACACGGACUGCUGGUGGUCUCCUCUCCACCCGUGUUUCGAUGGGCUGAACGGCGAGCUGGCGCACGCCUUCCUGCCACCACGGGGAGAAAUUCACUUUGACAACCACGAGUUCUGGAUCCUCGGGAAGUCCCGCUUUAGCUGGAAACAAGGAGUCUGGCUGAACGACCUGGUCCAGGUGGCGGCACACGAGAUCGGCCACGCUCUGGGUUUGUGGCACUCCAGAGACCCUCAGGCUCUGAUGCAUCCCAAUGCCACCUACACCGGACAGAGGAACAUCGCCCAGGACGACGUGUGGGGCAUCCAGAGACUCUACGGUUGUCUGGAUAAGAAGCGAGUCUGCGACCCGUGGGCUCGGCUCGGCUUCUGCGAGCGAAGGAAGACGUUCAUGAAGAAGAACUGUCCUCAGCGCUGUGAUUUCUGCUACGAGCCUCUGGAGGUGGUCACCACAGCAACGCCGCCGGCAGCCAACACGAAGAUCAAGAUGGUUCCUCGGGGGAAGGUGGUGGGUUUCCGGUGUGGGACAAAAAACACCCGCUCCCCCCCCAAAGUCAGUUGGUACAAAGAUGGCGAGCAGAUCCUCUCAUCCAUUCCAGGGUACAUCGUCAUGAAGGACCGAGACCUGCGCAUUGUCGCCAACGAGUUCAACGAAGGCGUUUAUACCUGCCGCGUCCAUCGCCGUGGCGACAUCGUCUCUGCAAACUCCUGGGCCAUCCGACUGAAGCCGGAGCAGCCAUCCAACAGCUGAAGACGACAGACAGGUGACCCGACAGGAAGCGUGGUGUCUGUGGACUUUUUUCCUGACCUCAAUGGACUUUAAAGAUUAAAGAACAACGAACCAUUGGCAGCUCUGUGAUGUCACGGCGCCCCCUUCUCAUGACUGCGAAUGACAUCACAAUGUGUAAAGUGGUGACUGAGCUGAGUGGAUGGCGUUUUGGUGAUGAGCAGCCUGCUGCUCAUCGUACGUGAGAAUAUUUCUAUAGCCCGUAGGAACCGCAGCUUUUGACCCCGCCCACUUUAGUUGCAGUGUUUGAGUUAGUUACUUAGCAACGACAGUCAUGUAAUCCCUCUUUGGCCUUUGACCUUUGCUUAGACUUGUAUCCUGUCAGACGCUGUUCCUCUGUCCUCCAUCAUGGGAAAGCUGUUUCACGUCUUUGUGCACUUCCUGUUUCCCCCGCCCCGCCUGUCCUGACCGCCACGGUUUGACUGCUGGACUGAAGCAGAGCAGCUUUGCAUGAUUCACAGUUCAGACUAAUCCCGCCUCACAAACAGUAGACCAGGCAGUUCAGCAGAGUGGGUCUGAUGUCAUCGUCCGUCCACUGGAGGACAGAAGAACCCGUAGGACAGGAGGCAGCACUCUGGAUGCGAGUGAUGGAUGCUACGACAGGUGUGAGUCCUUCACUCAGUAAACUGGCGGUGUCCUCUUUCUGUCCUUAAUGUGUGACAUAUGUUUGUUAUUUUGUUAAAAAUUACAGAAAUAAACAGAAACAUUUUAGUAAA